GUAUGGUUUCACAAACAUGCGCUAUAUUGCCUCCCUGAUUAGUGGAGUGGGCAUUUUCAUGAUGGGUGCAGGACUUUCUUGGUAUCACGGGAUCAUAGGUUUACUCCACCCUCACCCUAUAGAAUCUCUUCUCUGGGCAUACUGCAUUUUAGCAGGGUCAUUGGUAUCUGAAGGAGCUACCCUUCUUGUUGCUAUAAAUGAAAUUCGCAGGAGUGCUCGAGCCAAGGGUCUGUCAUUUUAUCAAUAUGUUGUACAGAGUCAUGAUCCUAGUACAAAUGUGGUGUUACUGGAGGAUGCUGCAGCAGUUCUGAGUGUGGCCAUAGCUGCUACCUGUAUGGGUCUGACUUCUUUAACAGGAAACCCUUAUUAUGACAGUGUGGGGUCUCUAGGUGUUGGAACCUUGUUAGGAAGUGUGUCAGCAUUUCUCAUCUACACUAACACUGAAGCCCUGCUAGGACGAUCCAUUCAACCUGAACAACUGCAGCGGCUCACUGAGUUACUGGAAAGUGAUGCUGUAGUAAGAGCAAUUCAUGAUGUUAAAGCCACAGACCUGGGAAUGAACAAAGUGAGAUUCAAGGCAGAAGUAGACUUUGAUGGACGGGUUGUUACUCGUUCUUACCUGGAAAAACAAGACAUUGAACAGCUGCUACAA